UAACAACAGAAGCAUUCAGCAGGUCAUGGAAUUCAGCAGCGAAUCCUGAGCGAGGGGUAGUGGAACAACCAGCACAGCAUUGAACUAUAGUGGUACCCUUAGGUGCUAACGCAAUGGUGCACCCGAGAAUAUAUUUUCCAAUUCAUGUGGCACUUAUUUGUUUGCUAGAAUGGACCCAUAUAUCAGGCUUCAACCUGGAUACCUUGAAUGUCCUGAGGAAAGACGGAGAACCGGGCAGUUUAUUUGGAUUCUCUCUAGCCAUGCACCGGCAACUUAAUCCUUCAGAUAAAACAAUACUGUUGAUUGGAGCACCAAGAGCCAAAGCACUGGCUAACCAGAGAGCCAACAUAACCGGUGGCCUGUACAGUUGUGACAUCACCACCGAAUCCGAUGACUGUGACCGCAUCGAUUUUGACAAUGAAGAGGAUGUGAGAGUUGAGAACAAGGAGAACCAGUGGAUGGGGGUGACAGUUAACAGCCAGGGCCCCGGAGGGAAGAUUGUGACCUGUGCUCACCGCUAUCAGAGACGUCUGUUUGUGGACACUGCUCAGGAGUCCCGUGACAUCACAGGUCGCUGCUACAUCCUGAGUCAGGACCUCACUAUUGAUGCAUCCUCUGAUGAAGAUGGAGGGAACUGGAGGUUCUGUGAGGGGAGAGCCAGAGGCCAUGAGAGGUUUGGCUCCUGUCAGCAGGGUCUGGCUGCCACUUUCACCAAGGACUACCAUUACGUGGUGUUUGGAGCGCCUGGCGCCUACAACUGGAAAGGCAUAGUACGUGUAGAGCAAAAGAACAACACUUUGUUGGAAAGGGGAUUUUAUGAUGAUGGGCCUUAUGAAGUUGGAGAUGAGAACCGCUUGGAUCCUGACCUGGUCCCUGUGCCUGCUAACAGCUACUUAGGCAUCCUGUUCAUGACCAGUUUGUCUGCUGCCAACGCUGAUCAGUUUCUGUAUAAGUCGCCUUCUCUACAGGUCAGCCCUGAGAAAAGUCUGGAUGUGACGACCAAUAGUUUCUUAGGGUUUUCCAUUGAUUCUGGGCAUAGCAUCACCAAGGGGCGUGGCCUGACAAUUGUGUCUGGGGCACCGCGAGCCAAUCACUGUGGGGCUGUGGUCCUGUUGAGAAAAGAGAAUGAAGCGUCCGCAAGACUCUCCCCAGAGUACAUUCUAGAAGGGCCUGGACUGGCAUCUUCUUUUGGAUAUGAUGUAGCUGUGGUCGACCUGAAUGGAGAUGGGUGGCAGGAUAUUGUUGUGGGAGCCCCUCAGUUCUUCAUGAAAGAGGGAGACUUUGGAGGAGCUGUUUAUGUCUACAUCAACCAGGCAGGAAAGUGGGACAAGAUCACCCCAAUCCGCCUCAAUGGAACCAAAGACUCAAUGUUUGGGCUGGCAGUGGAGAACAUCGGUGACAUCAAUCAGGACUCCUUUCAAGACAUUGCUGUUGGAGCACCCUACGCUGAUGCCGGGGCAGGAAAAGUGUACAUUUACCAUGGUUCUGCUAAUGGAAUCAACACCAAGCCUGCACAGAUCCUUGAGGGAAUGCCCAACAACAUCAGAUUAUUUGGAUAUUCUCUGGCUGGGAAUAUGGAUUUAGAUAAGAAUUCCUAUCCUGAUAUAGCUAUUGGGUCUCUCUCAGAUACAGUUCUCGUUUACAGGGCAAGGCCAAUUAUUAGCAUUAAGAAGGAUGUCAAAAUUACUCCAAAGGAAAUUGACUUCACAAAGAAAACCUGUGGCAACAGCAUCUGCUUGACCGUGGAGGCAUGUUUCACCUAUAAAGCAAACCCUGUAUCUUACAGCCCAAAACUAACUAUCCGCUAUGCAUUUGAGGCUGAAGCAGAUCGCAGGAAGCAAGGGCUUCCCUCUAGGAUCCUCUUCCUCAACAACUCUCGCACCGACCAGGACUUCCAAUCGACCGGAACUCUGGACCUACGGGGACAAAACAAAAGAGCUUGCACUAAGACAAAAAUCAAACUGCAGGAUAACAUUAGGGACAAGCUGCAUGGUAUUCCCAUUGAGGUGUCAUUGGGAAUCCAGGGUACCAAGCGUCAGAAGAGGCAGAACUCUCUCCCCCAGCUUGUGCCUAUUCUUGACAACUCCCAGCCAAGUAAGGUCGUCACUGAGGUGAACUUCUUAAAGGAGGGAUGCGGAAAUGAUAAUAUUUGCCAGAGUAGCUUACAACUGGAGUACAGAUUCUGCUCCAAAGAGCUCAACCAAGAUAUAUUUCCCCCAUUACCUAUGGAGAAUGGGCUACCAGUGAUAUCCCUCAGUGAUCAGAAGGACAUAGCUCUGGAGGUGACAGUGAAAAACAGAAAUGGGGAUGAUGCCCAUGAGGCUAAGCUGGUGGGGAUUUUCCCCAACGCUCUCUCAUACUCUGGUUUCCGCUCUCAGAAAAUGACAAGGGAUAAACCGGUUCUCUGUUUAGCCAAUCAGAAUGGCUCCCAAACAGAGUGUGAACUGGGGAAUCCAUUCAAGAGAGAUUCAGAGGUUACCUUCUACAUAAUCUUGAGCACUGCUGGUAUCUCUCUCAAUACUGCAGAAAUUAAUAUUGACCUUCAGCUUCAAACGACCAGUACACAGGACAACAUGGGAAGAGUGAAAGCAAAGGCUAAAGUAGUGAUUGAGCUGUUACUUUCUGUUGCAGGAGUUGCGAGACCCUCCCAGGUGUAUUUUGGGGGUGAUGUGAAAGGAGAGAGUGCCAUCAAGACAGAAGAGGAGAUCGGCAGUUUGAUUGAUUAUGAAUUUAAGAUAAUCAAUUUGGGUAAGCCGUUGAAGUCCUUUGGCACAGCCUCGUUGAACAUCCAGUGGCCCAAAGAGAAUGUGGAUGGGAAAUGGCUGUUAUAUCUGGUCAAGAUCAGCAGUACUGGCCUGGAAGAGAUCCCCUGCUCCCCAGAGACUGAGAUCAACUCUCUCAAACACAUUCAGGAGUCCAGCACAUCUAGGACAAAGCGGGAAGAUGGAGGCAAAAAAUCUGGAGGCAAAAAAUCUGGAGGCAAAAUUACUUUAUUGGACCAAAAAAAGCACAAGAUUUUGAUGUGUGGCAAUGGCUAUGACGCUAGAUGUGUGGUGAUCAAGUGCCCUCUACAGGGCUUGGACAGUAGUGCAGUGAUUGCGCUGCGAUGCCGUCUGUGGAACGCUACCUUCCUUGAGAAUUAUGCCUCUUUGAACUAUCUUGAUAUAAUUGUGAAAGCUUCCAUCAGCCUUGAUGCUCCUGCAAAGAAUAUGGUUCUCAGGAAUGCUGAGACUCAGGUGAGAGUCACGGUGUUUCCAGAGAAGGCAGUAACCCAGUAUGGUGGCGUUCCAUGGUGGAUCAUCCUUGUGGCUGUCCUGGCUGGUAUUCUGAUGUUGGCAUUGCUAGUGUUUCUACUCUGGAAGUGUGGAUUUUUCAAACGUUCCGAACAUGAUGACAGUGUUCCAAGAUACCAUGCUGUACGGAUAAGGAAAGAGGCUCAUCAGUUCAAAGACCGGAAAGCCAAGCUUGAUUCCUUUGAGAAAAAGCAGUGGAUGACAAGCUGGAAUGAGCAUGUGAACUCCUCAUAAGACACUUGACUGUUGGGAUGCUGUCAGAGACCAGAAUCUCCCGUUUUUCUAAACAUCCCAGUGUCACGAACCCAUUGAUCUUAGUUAUUUAUUUUGCACAGUCUAAACUCCAUUGACUGCAUUUGUGAAGCAAACUCCAAAAUAUACUUUUUCUAUUCUCCCGAAGGAUUCUCAGAUCAAAACUGUGUCCUAUCCUGAGGAAAUGAGAAGCAUCACAUCUUACAAUUCAUUUUUUCUGAAUUGGGACUUUUUAAAUAAAUUAUCUGCCACUGAUACUGUUUAUUUCUUUUGAGCAUAAACAGUUUCAAUCCAAUGUUUAGCUGAAGAUAAUUUUUUUUGGGGGUGGGGGUCAGUUUUGUCCAAUUUAUUGUACUGUAUAGACUGGAACAUUUUGUAUGUUUGUAUAUAUUUAAAUACUUUAGCACACUGUAUAUUUAUUUUAGUCAUUAUCUUAAAAACAAAAUGCAUUGGCCAAAUACUUUUUUUAAAUCUAAAGGUUACUUUUCAGUAAGGGCAAAUGUUACUGAUGAUUUUCUAGUGCUACACAGACUAAAAAGUAGCUACAGGUAUUAAGCAAAUAAUAUUGUUUCAAUACACGCUAUUAGGAAUAAUCAGUUAUGUCAGUUAAGAGUUUGAGUUAAAACUAUGAUUCACACCAUACCUUUGUUUAUCCCCCUGUACUGGGAUAUACUUCAGUUAAUAGCAAUGCAGCUGGGACAACUGGAGCCAACAAGCAAUAAAAUGCUGAUUAUUGUUUAGCUAAUUGUAUUUGAAGGACGUGUGGGUCUUGAAGAUGACACAAUAUAUGCACGAAAAUGCAGAUUUCAGAAACAUUUGGAUCUUGUGGAUGAAUAACCUGCAUCAUUGUUUGCUUGUAGUUAUGGCCAGGUCCAGGUGAUGGAGUUUGGACACUCCAAAUUGGUUGUUCUCACAUAGGUUCACUGUGAUAAGAGGUGCAACUAAACUAUUAUUGUUAACAUUUAAAUCUAAAUGUAUGUUUUAUGUGAUUGCCUCUGUAUCAGACUUCAUUAUAUGGAAGCUAUUCAAAGGGAUAUUGCUAUGGAAUGGUGAUCAAUGAGAAAAAUUUAGUAGCCCUACCUAAAAAAAAGUGGGGGGAAAUCACUGGCUAUUCAUUCAUUCCUCAAUUCAGAUGUUUUGAAUACUGUGCAAAUUGCAAUAAAUAGAGAAAUGUAUGGAAGUUG